AAAGCUUAAGAAAAUAACACACGCAGACAAACAAUAACAAAAAUAGCGCCGGUUUAUAUACUCAAGAGUUCUCUCUCUUUCUCUUGUUGAUCUAGAAAAGGAUACUGGGUUUAAGCUCAUUCUGCCGAUUUGUUGUACACUACUGUUUAUUCCUGAGAAAGUAAGAGAGAAAUUGGUGGAGAAAGGAAGUUCAUUUGUUGUUUUUUGUGAUUGGUAUUCAAACGGGACAUAAGAAGAGUUGAAAACGAAGAAAGGGUCAAGGAGAAUUGAACCCAUUUGUUAGAUUUGAAAUUGGCGGUGUUUUGUAUUAAGAAUUGAUCUGAAGGAUUUGAUUGUGUUUGGCGUGUAGAUUCUUGAGAGAAUCGGAAGCCUGGGCUUCCGAUCCGGUUGGUUUAUUUCAAAUGGCUUCUGCAAGUUUAGGUGUUGGAUCUCUAGUUUGGAUAGAAGAUCCUGAAGUGGCUUGGAUAGAUGGAGAAGUUGUGGAGGUCCAUGGAGAUGAUCUUAAAGUUCUUUGCACUUCGGGGAAGACAGUUGUGGUUAAGGCUUCCAAUGCCUACCCCAAAGAUGCUGAAGCCCCACCGUCUGGAGUGGAUGAUAUGACAAAGUUGGCAUAUUUGCAUGAACCAGGGCUUCUACAAAAUUUAAAAUCUAGAUAUGACAUCAAUGAAAUAUAUACUUACACAGGUAACAUAUUGAUUGCCGUAAAUCCCUUUAGGAGGCUACCCCAUCUAUACGACAGCCAUAUGAUGGCUCAAUACAAAGGGACUGCUUUUGGUGAAUUGAGCCCUCAUCCAUUUGCUGUUGCUGAUGAGGCUUAUAGACAAAUGAUCAAUGAAGGUGUAAGUCAAGCUAUUUUGGUUAGUGGCGAGAGUGGUGCUGGCAAAACAGAAAGCACAAAAUUGCUUAUGCGAUAUCUUGCGUAUAUGGGUGGGAGGGUAAAAGCUGAAGGGAGGACGGUUGAGCAGCAAGUCCUGGAGUCCAAUCCAGUUUUAGAAGCUUUUGGUAAUGCAAAGACCCUUAGAAAUAAUAACUCAAGCCGUUUCGGAAAGUUUGUGGAGAUCCAGUUUGACGAGAAUGGGAAAAUUUCUGGAGCUGCCGUUCGAACUUACUUGCUUGAAAGAUCACGUGUUUGCCAAGUGUCUGAUCCAGAGAGAAACUAUCACUGUUUUUACAUGCUUUGCUCCGCACCACCUGAGGAUAUUAAAAGGUUCAAAUUAGGGAACCCAAGGACGUUCCAUUAUUUAAAUCAAACGAAUUGUUAUGAGCUAGAUGGAGUGGAUGAUGCUAAAGAAUAUCUUGAUACAAGGAGAGCUAUGGAUGUCGUUGGAAUAAGUUCUGAGGAGCAGGAUGGAAUUUUUCGGGUUGUGGCUUCAAUCCUCCAUCUUGGGAACAUUGAGUUUGCCAAGGGAAAAGAAUCAGAUUCGUCUUGUCCUAAGGAUGACAAAUCUUUGUUCCAUCUCCAGACUGCCGCUGAACUUUUAAUGUGUGAUCCAAAGGCAUUAGAGGAUUCACUUUGCAAGCGUGUUAUUGUAACUCGUGAUGAAACUAUCACAAAAUGGCUAGAUCCUCAAGCAGCAACAGUUAGUAGAGAUGCAUUGGCAAAAGUCAUAUACUCAAGAUUGUUUGAUUGGCUUGUCAACAAGAUUAAUAAUUCAAUCGGUCAAGAUCCAAACUCCAAGUACCUCAUUGGGGUGCUCGACAUUUAUGGGUUCGAGAGUUUUAAGACAAACAGUUUUGAGCAAUUCUGUAUUAAUUUAACAAAUGAGAAACUUCAGCAACACUUCAAUCAGCAUGUGUUCAAGAUGGAACAAGAAGAGUAUACAAAGGAAGAAAUUAACUGGAGCUACAUUGAGUUCAUUGAUAAUCAAGAUGUUCUGGAUCUCAUUGAAAAGAAACCCGGUGGCAUAAUAGCGCUCUUAGAUGAAGCUUGUAUGUUCCCCAGAUCAACACAUGAAACAUUUGCUCAAAAGCUUUACCAAACAUUUAAAAACAACAAGCGGUUCAGUAAGCCCAAGCUAUCCCGUACUGAUUUCACCAUUGGCCAUUAUGCUGGUGAUGUCACGUACCAAACUGAGUUUUUCCUAGACAAGAACAAAGAUUAUGUUAUAGCUGAACAUCAAGAUCUUCUGGGUGCUUCUCUAUGUCACUUUGUGGCUGAUUUGUUCCCACAUUCUGAGGAAACCUCUAAAUCCAAAUUUUCUUCAAUAGGUUCACGCUUUAAGCUACAAUUGCAACAAUUGCUCGAAACCUUAAGUUCUGUAGAGCCUCAUUAUAUUCGGUGUGUGAAGCCCAAUAACCUUCUCAAGCCAUCUAUUUUUGAGAAUCAAAACGUGCUGCAACAACUUAGGUGUGGGGGUGUCAUGGAGGCCAUUAGGAUUAGUUGUGCAGGAUAUCCUACAAGAAAAACAUUCUCUGAGUUUGUAGACCGUUUUAGCAUGCUUGCCCCUGAAGCUCUGGAUGGAAGCCCGGAUGAAGUUGUUGCAAGCAAAAAGGUCUUGGAGAAGGUGGGACUUCAAGGCUAUCAGAUUGGUAAGACUAAGGUAUUCCUAAGGGCUGGACAAAUGGCCGACUUAGAUGCCCGAAGAAGUGAGAUUUUGGGAAAAUCGGCCAGCAUUAUUCAACGGAAAAUUCGUUCAUAUAUGGGGAGGAAGAGUUACAUUGCUUUGCGUUUAUCUGCGAUUCGUAUUCAAUCUGUUUGCAGAGGAGAACUUGCUCGGCAAACUUACAAGGGCAUGAGAAGAGAAGCUUCUUCUGUGAUAAUUCAAAGAAAUUUACGCAUGCAUCUUGCAAGGAAAGCCUACAAAGAACUCUGCAGUUCUUCUGUUUCUAUUCAGGCUGGUAUGCGUGGAAUGGCUGCACGGAAUGAGCUUCGGUUCCAAAAGCAAACAAAAGCUGCAAUAAUUAUUCAGAGUCAUUGUCGCAAAUACUUGGCAAGAUUGCACUAUACAAAGUUAAAGAAAGCUGCAAUUACUACGCAAUGUGCCUGGAGAGGAAAAGUCGCCCGGAGAGAGUUGCGGAAUCUCAAAAUGGCUGCAAAAGAGACUGGUGCUCUCCAAGCUGCGAAGAACAAGUUGGAGAAGCAAGUUGAAGAACUAACAUGGCGGUUACAGCUAGAGAAGCGCAUGAGAGCUGACUUGGAAGAAGCUAAAACGCAAGAAACUGCGAAACUGCAAUCCUCUUUGGAAGAUAUGCAACUUAAAUUCAAAGAAACUAAAGAAUUGCUGACAAAGGAACAUGAGAUGGCAAAGAAGGUAAUAGAGCAUGUCCCAGUUAUCCAGGAGGUUCCAGUUAUUGACCAUGCUGCUAUGGAUAAACUGGCCACUGAAAAUGAGAAACUCAAGACUCUUGUUAGUUCUUUGGAACAGAAAAUUGGUGAAACUGAGAAAAAAUAUGAAGACGCAAACAAACUUAGUGAGGAGAGAUUGAAGCAGGCUUUGGAUGCUGAAACAAAGAUAAUUCAGCUGAAGACUGCUAUGCAAAGACUUGAAGAAAAGAUUUCUGACAUGGAAUCUGAGAAACAAAUUCUGCAGCAUCAAACCUUUUCAGAUUCCCCUGUUAAGAGGGAACCACGAACACCCCUCUUUAAGAUUUUGGAGAAUGGUCAUGAUUCUGAUGAAGAGGAACCUCAAGUAACACCUGUUAAGAUGUUAGAUACAGAAGCUGAGAGUAAGCUCAGAAGAUCCAUUGCGGAUCGGCAACAUGAGAAUGUCGAUUCUCUUAUCACCUGCGUCAUGAAGAAUGUAGGCUUCAGUCAGGGAAAGCCUGUUGGUGCAUUUACCAUAUACAAAUGUCUCCUUCACUGGAAGUCUUUUGAGGCUGAAAGGACGAGUGUGUUUGAUCGUCUCAUUCAGAUGAUUGGUUCUUCUAUUGAGAGUCAGGAUAAUAAUGAUCUCAUGGCAUAUUGGUUGUCAAAUACUUCAACAUUAUUGUUCUUGCUCCAGAAGAGCUUAAAAACUGGUGGUGCUCCUGGUUCAACCCAACAGAAGAAGCCACCAAAUCCGACGUCACUUUUUGGAAGAAUGACCAUGGGAUUUCGCUCGUCUCCUUCCUCGGCAAGUCUUGCGCCCAUAAUAGAGGUAGUACGACAAGUAGAAGCCAAAUACCCAGCUUUACUCUUUAAGCAACAGCUCACAGCAUACGUUGAGAAGAUCUAUGGCAUCAUUCGUGACAACUUGAAGAAGGAGCUUGCCUCAUUGCUUUCCUUGUGCAUUCAGGCUCCAAGAAUUGCAAAGGGAAAUUUGCUAAGAUCAGGGAGGUCUUUUGGAAAAGAUGCUCCAUCAAAUCACUGGCAGAGCAUUAUCGAGUGUCUAAAUAACUGUCUUGGUGCAUUAAAAGACAACUCUGUUCCUCCAGUUCUAGUCCAAAAGAUCUUUACACAGGCCUUCUCAUUUAUAAAUGUUCAACUUUUUAACAGUCUUCUUUUACGUAAAGAAUGUUGUACGUUUAGCAAUGGGGAAUAUGUGAAGGCCGGGUUAGCAGAGUUAGAGUUAUGGUGCUGCCAAGCAAAAGAUGAGUAUGCUGGAUCUGCGUGGGAUGAACUCAAGCACAUAAGACAAUCCGUUGGAUUCUUGGUCAUACAUCAGAAGUAUAGGAUUUCAUAUGAUGAAAUCACCAAUGACCUGUGCCCGAUUUUGAGUGUCCAGCAGCUCUACAGGAUUUGUACUUUGUACUGGGAUGACAAUUACAACACCAGAAGCGUAUCUCCAGCUGUGAUUUCCAGUAUGAGGAUAUUAAUGACAGAAGAUUCAAACAAUGCUGAAAGCAAUUCCUUUUUGUUGGAUGACAACUCCAGCAUUCCCUUCUCGGUUGAUGAUCUUUCCACCUCGUUGAAGGAAAAAGAUUUCACGGAGAUGACAACUGCAGCCGAGCUUCUUGAGAACCCGUCCUUCCAAUUUUUAGAGGAAUGAGGCUGAGGAACACACAUUUGUUUCUGGGUGGGUUGAUAUAUGGGUCUCUAUUAGAAUUCUGUACAUUGCUUCUGGGAUUUGAAAUGUGUUGGAUGCAAGUUUUUGUGCUAUCCCCAGGGCAAAAGUGUAAAUUUAAAUAUAAAUAUUUUCAUAUUUUUUUGUCAAAGAAAAAAAAGUUAGCAGUAGGAUUGGUCUGUCAUAUAUGUUUUUUAUUUGUUAUUCUUCUUACAGGUGUUUGUGAUAUAUUAUUUAUUUUUUUUCUUCACAUUAUUUUAGAGCAUUAUUUUUACCAUAGAAAUCUAUAUUUGAUGAGUGGAAUUUGUCUGUCUGUAAACUUAGAAUUUUUUUAUCAAUUCAUUUAAGGAUAAUAAAUCUAUCCGUUUUUAUGUUUUUU